AUGAAGCCCGACAUCAUCCGGAAGCGUUGGGAGAGUCGAAAAACCGAAUACUAUAAUAGUUCCAUAUUUUCCCAAUGCAAGCUUGAAGUGAUCGAUCCGUUCGCCUAUAACAUUAAUGCGACGUAUAAAAAUUUGGAUCCGACGCGGAACUGCGACCGGAAUUAUAAGCCCUCUACUAUUAUAAAGGAUAAUGACCUUUACGUGGGAAAGUCAUGGAAGUCGAAAAUUGCCUAUUGUCAUGUUAGAAAAGAGGAGCACGCGCCCCCCAAACCACCGAAUUUUCAACCUGAUGUCCAUAUUAUACUUUUAGACUCUGUAUCCUCCACGUUGGCUAGAAGAGCUCUCCCAAAAACGCUGAAAUAUAUAGAGGAGGAAAUGGGCGGCGUCAUGAUGCAUCAUUGGAACCGCGUGGCAGAUAAUAGUCAAUUGAAUGGCUUUGCCUUUACCUACGGAAAAAGAAUUACUGAUAUAUACCGUGGGUUCGCGGGAGCCGAAAAUUUGCGGGCCGAGUGGUGCUUUGAUGAAUACUGCAAAAACUUCCUGGAUAACAAGACCGUUAUUUUUAAGGAAUACGAGCUGGCAGGAUACAAAACAAUGCACAUCACGGAGAAGGAGGACAUCUACACUUACCCGGAUUGCUUGGGGUUCGAGCAGCGACACACCACCCAUGAUUAUAGACCGAUGGAUAACCUUUUGAAAAGGGAGCCCUUUCUUCGCGGUACAUUGAUACAAAAAUGUGUCGAGGAUUGGCAAAUGCUUUUGAAUCAACACGCUAAUUUUGCGAAGGCGUAUAAGGGUACACCCAAAUUUGGCCUAACCUGGGUGACGAAUCUGGUGCACGAGAGUGCGAAUUUCCUUUGGCAUGCAGAUACAUUUAUGCAGAAAUAUUUUCGCUCGAAUUCCAAACACUUUGAUAAUUCGUUUCUCUUCUUCAUGGGGGAUCAUGGAGCGAGAAUUGGGCCGACGGUCGAUACCGAAAUGGGGAGUCGAGAAAUCAACAACCCAAUGCUGAUGCUAAUAGUGCCAAAAUUCUUGCGAAACAACCGACAGGCUACGAACUACACAAAUUUCGAUUUUGUUCCUGUCCUGAAUCCAAAUCCGAAUAACGGUACUUCUUUACUGCGGCCUAUGGGGCCGUUCAAAGAUCGGAACCACGAGGCUAUGGGCCGAUUGGCGGUCAGAUCGAUUAACGAUUUAUUAGCCGCAGAGAAAUUGCUGGACCUGUGUGCUGAAGUCGUCUUUGAAAAGAUGGACUCCGUCUACUCAUACGAUCCAGAGAAUGGGACACACCUCUACGAAGUCCGGUUCUAUACAACCCCAAACCAUGGCCUGUUUAGAGCGAAAAUGGCCGGAUUAAUAUCAUCGCCGGAAACCUUGAAAAUUUGGGGACCUCCCAUACGUGUCAAUAAGUACGGCGCCACUUCCCAAUGCAUCGUCGACUCGAAACCGGACUUCAGGCCGUAUUGUUAUUGUAAAAAUCAA